CAUGAGGCCCUUAGUUUCACUUACAGAAUCCGCCCCUGCCCAGCCCCUCUCACCGGUUCCAGCCUGUCUUAAGCGUCAGGGCUCAGUGUUCCCUCAACACUGGCCUUAGCUUCCGUGACCUGGAGACCGGCGCGGUGCUGAUGUCCGAGGCCACAGAAAGACCCUGUAAUAUGCCUAAACCAGUUCUGUUUGAUGUUGACAAUAAUGCCAAGCGGGACAGAUGGAAGGAAACUGCCAGGCAGAGCCAUGCGGAUCUGGUGUCCAGUCUGAGUCCCUCAUCUAAAGCUUCUAGCCAGGGAAAGUGUGGAGCCGAUGAAAAAGUCCAGGUGUCUAAGGACAUUGUGGUGACCUCUGAAGAUGGCAUCACGAAGAUUGUGUUCAAUCGACCCACCAAAAAGAAUGCCAUAACUUUACAGAUGUAUCAAGACAUUAAGCUUGCACUUAAAAAUGCCAGCACCGAUAACUCAGCCAUAACUGUUUUCACAGGAACUGGUGACUACUACUGCAGUGGGAAUGAUCUUACUAACUUGAUUGAUGCCACCGGUGAAAUACAGGAGGUAGCUAUAAAGACUGCUAUGGCACUGAGGGAAUUUGUAAGCUGUUUUAUAGACUUUCCCAAGCCUCUGGUUGCAGUAGUAAAUGGCCCAGCUGUGGGAAUUGCUGUCACUCUUCUGGGACUAUUUGAUGCUGUCUAUGCAUCUGACAAGGCAACAUUUCAUACUCCAUUCAGCCACCUCGGCCAGGGCCCAGAAGCAUGCUCCUCCUACACUUUUCCAAAGAUAAUGGGCUCAGCAAAGGCAACUGAGAUGCUUCUCUUUGGGAAGAAGCUCACAGCAAGAGAGGCUUGGGCUCAAGGCCUUGUCACUGAAGUUUUUCCAGAAAGCACCUUUGAGAACGAAGUCUGGACCAGGCUGAAAGCAUAUGCGAAGCUCUCGCCAAACGCAAUGAAAAUUUCCAAAGAGCUAAUGAGAAAAAAUGAGAAACAAAAUCUCCAUGAUGUUAAUGCUGUAGAGUGUGCUGUGAUCCCGGAAAGGAUGGCAUCAGAAGAAUACUCAAAUGCACUCAUGAACUUCAUGUCCAGAAAAGCAAAGCUGUGAAGACCACCACAGCAGUUAGACCUCUCAGAGGAAGGAUGUGCUGCAAUUCUGGUUUAGGGUCCUUGAACUACACACACUUCACUGUGUCUUUUUCUUUACUAACAUAGCAGUUAUGGGAAUGUCCCAGUCAUGACAAAUAAAAACUUCCAUAAAACAA